AAAAGUGCAGCUGGAUUCAACACCCCCUCCCUUUCUCCUUUUUCUUCUUCUUCAAAACAUGAUUCUGAUUUUUCUAUCUAUAGAGUGAGUCAGAGAAGUGUUAGGAAGGAGCUGCAACUAAUGUCUGUGAAGGGAGGAACAUGAGGCGAUAGUGAAUGCGAUUUGUUCCGCUGGAUCUGACUCAUCCAGCAGAUUGGAACACCUGAAUUUCUGGACGUGUCAUUCACUUAUUUUGAGGGUGUUUUAAGAACCUGAAAUUAAAAAAAAAAAAACAACAAAAAACCACUUCUAUCUAAUAGCCCCUCGAAAGGUAAAUCGUCCUGACUUGGCUUACUGCUGCUGUUGCUACUCCCUUAUACCAAGAUGUCCAGAAAGACUGUUUGAGCUUGAGACUGCAGAAUGCAUUACACCAAGCAUUAAUUUGUGUUUGUUUAAUCCAUUCCCCUUCCAAACAAAACCAAAAAAAGGACAUACUUUGUUCGCUUAAAAUAUUUACCACUUUUAUUCAUCGCCAAGAUUUUCUUUUCUAAAUGAAGAGGAUUGGGAGGCGGCAGUGCCAUUGGAAGGAGAUGCUGAAUAGAAAGAAAAAAGAAGCACUUGACAGCACAGCCCUGUGAAUGCAGAGACUGUUUCCCUUUUAGCCACAGAGUGUAUGUAUGUGUGUGAGUACUGGGUGGAUUUUCUCGCUUUUCCUUUUUUUUUCCCUCCCCCAAUUCUGAGCAUUCAACCAUGGGUUGCCUGUUGAUUUCCUUUCCAUUGGAGAGGAAAGCAAACUGGAAUUAAACUGCAUCGAGCAAAGUGUUGUUCCUGGGAGGAUGUGGUGGCGGCGGCUGCUACUGGCCUGUCUUAGAGAAAUCCAAGAGUGUAUAUGCGAAUGAACAUAGACUGAGAUUUUUUUUUUCUUUCCUGUACUCACAUACGCAUCCACACUGCUGCUGCUGAUCUGGUUGGGGGUUUCCUAGUUUCGGGAGAGCAUUUUUCAAGACGAGAGGGCGGAGGCUGGUAAAGGAAGGAAACUACAAAUCCGGACACUAGUUCUUUGCUCUGCAUUUCCCCCCCUCCUCCCUGGGGUUGCUUGGAAAGGAAAGGGAGAACUACGCCUGCCAGCGAGAUGCAGUCCGCCGCCUCUGCCGCCGCCGCUGCAAGCAAUGCAAGAUUAGAUCUCUAAAUGCAGCAAAACACUCCCUGAAAACCAACAAGCCCGCGGGGCCACCAGACAUUUCUCUGUACACAAGGGAGGGCUUCAAAUCUAUUUCCGAGACUCGUCUGUUUCCUUUCCCUUAUCCCCGUCAAUCUCAUCACGGGAGAUGAGUAACAAGUAAGGAUUUCACUUUACAAUCCUGCUUAGAGACACACCUCCCCGCUCUCUUUAUCUCCCUCCGCCUCUAUUUUUAAUAGUAUUUCGGAGACUGCGUGUGAGAGUGGCUUUUCAGCGUACUGGUGGAGGGGGGAAAAGAAAAGAAAAGAAAAAUCCUGUGUAUUUUUAAAACCCAUUAUCGCUGCCUCCUCCUUCUCCCUCUCCCCCCGCCCCGGACGAUUUUUUCUUCUUAUCAUCCACCUCAUCACUGAAGUUUGUGCAGCCUGAACUAGAGCCGGGGUUUUCCUGUAGAUACGAAGCACUUGUUUUACCCCUGCGCUCGGAAGCUGCUUUUAUUUUCACUCAGUGACCCUAAAGCUACGGUCCAUUUGCUGCUCCUCGCUCUGGGCAGAUGCUGUAGCUCAACAGGUUCAAGGAACUUGGGGAAGAAAUAAGAAGAUCCUGAAUCAAAAAGCAGCUAGAGGGAGAAGAGAUACAGACCCUGUCUCACGGACACACACACAGGAGCACACACACGCACGCACACACACACAGAGCCCUGUUGUGUGCACGCUUGCGGCACACAGACACGCAGAGUCUUGCAGCUUCUGCCCCCACCCCGUUGGUCUGGGAUGUACCUUUCCAUCUGUUGCUGCUUCUUGCUCUGGGCUCCCGCCCUCACGCUCAAGAACCUCAACUACUCGGUGCCCGAGGAGCAAGGGGCCGGCACCGUGAUCGGCAACAUCGGGAAAGAUGCGAGGCUGCCGCAGCAGGGGCUUCUGCCCCCUGAGCGAGGCGGCAGCGGCGGCGGUGUCAGCAUCGGGGCCGGGCGCGGCAAAUCGGGCAGCUUCCGCGUCCUGGAGAACUCGGCGCCGCACUUACUGGACGUGGACGCCGACAGCGGGCUCCUCUAUACCAAGCAGCGCAUUGACCGCGAGUCCCUGUGCCGCCACAACGCCAAGUGCCAGCUCUCCCUAGAGGUCUUCGCCAACGACAAAGAGAUCUGCAUGAUCAAGGUGGAAAUCCAAGAUAUCAACGACAAUUCGCCCUUCUUCCCCUCCGACCAGAUUGAAAUGGACAUCUCAGAGAACGCUGCUCCGGGGACUCGCUUUCCACUCACCAGCGCCCACGACCCCGACGCCGGUGACAACGGGCUCCGCACUUACCUGCUCACCCGCGACGACCACGGCCUCUUCGCCGUGGACGUCAAGUCCCGCGGAGAUGGCACCAAGUUCCCGGAGCUGGUGAUUCAGAAGGCACUGGACCGUGAGCAGCAGAAUCACCACACCCUAGUGCUGACCGCCCUGGACGGCGGAGAACCGCCCCGUUCCGCCACCAUGCAGAUCAAUGUGAAGGUGCUCGACUCCAACGACAACAGUCCGGUCUUCGGGGCCCCUUCUUACCUCGUGGAGCUGCCCGAGAAUUCCCCACUGGGCACCGAGGUGAUUGACCUCAACGCUACAGACGCCGAUGAGGGCCAGAACAGCGAGGUGCUGUACUCCUUCAGCAGCUACGUGCCAGACCGGGUGCGCGAGCUCUUUUCCAUUGACCCCAAAACGGGACUGAUCCGCGUCAAGGGUAACCUCGACUAUGAAGAGAACAGCCUGGUGGAGAUUGACGUACAGGCCCGGGACUUGGGGCCCAACCCCAUUCCGGCCCAUUGCAAGGUCACGGUCAAGCUGAUAGACCGCAACGACAACGCGCCCUCCAUAGGCUUCGUCUCGGUGCGCCAGGGGGCGCUGAGCGAGGCCGCCCCACCGGGCACUGUCAUCGCCCUGGUGCGGGUCACUGACAGGGACUCAGGCAAGAACGGGCAGCUGCAGUGUCGCGUCCUGGGCGGAGGAGGGGCGGGAGGGGGACUUGUAGGGAGCGGGGUCGGAGGCCCAGUGCCCUUCAAACUGGAGGAGAACUAUGACAACUUCUACACUGUGGUGACUGACCGGCCGCUGGACAGGGAGACCCAGGAUGAGUACAAUGUUACCAUCGUGGCCCGGGACGGAGGCUCGCCCCCUCUCAACUCCACGAAGUCAUUCUAUGUGAAAAUCCUGGACGAGAAUGACAACCCGCCCCGCUUCACCAAGGGGCUUUACUUACUGCAGGUGCAUGAGAAUAACAUCCCCGGUGAGUACCUGGGUUCUGUGCUGGCACACGAUCCCGACCUGGGCCAAAACGGCACCGUUUCCUACUCCAUUGUACCCUCGCAUAUCGGGGACGUGUCCAUCUAUACCUACGUGUCUGUGAACCCCACGAACGGGGCCAUCUAUGCUUUGCGCUCCUUCAACUAUGAGCAGACCAAAGCCUUUGAAUUCAAAGUACUAGCUAAGGACUCUGGCGCCCCGGUUCACUUAGAGAGCAAUGCCACGGUGCGAGUGACUGUCAUGGACGUGAACGAUAACGCACCUGUCAUUGUGCUGCCCACCCUGCAAAACGACACAGCCGAGCUGCAGGUGCCCCGGAACGCCGGGUUGGGCUAUCUAGUGAGCACUGUGCGAGCCCAGGACAACGAUUUCGGGGAGAGCGGGAGGCUCACCUAUGAGAUUGUGGAUGGAAAUGAGGACAAACUGUUCGAGAUCAACCCGUCCAGCGGCGAGAUCCGCACCCAGCACCCCUUCUGGGAGGACGUGACCCCCGUAGUGGAGCUAGUGGUGAAGGUGACGGAUCACGGGAAGCCCUCCCUCUCAGCCGUGGCUAGGCUCAUCAUCCGCUCGGUGAGCGGCUCGCUUCCAGAGGGUGUGCCCCGGGUGAACGGCGAGAAGCGCCGCUGGGAUAUGUCCCUGCCACUGAUAAUCACCCUAAGCACCAUCUCCAUUAUCCUCCUAGCGGCCAUGGUCACCGUCGCGAUCAAGUGCAAGCGGGAGAACAAGGAGAUCCGGACUUACAACUGCCGCAUCGCAGAAUACAGCCACCCGCAGCUAGGCGGGGGCAAGGGCAAAAAGAAGAAGAUCAACAAGAACGAUAUCAUGUUAGUGCAGAGCGAGGUGGAGGAGAGAAAUGCCAUGAAUGUCAUGAAUGUGGUGAGCAGCCCCUCCCUGGCCACCUCCCCCAUGUACUUUGACUAUCAGACCCGCCUGCCCCUCAGCUCGCCCAGGUCUGAGGUGAUGUACCUGAAACCUGCUUCCAACAACCUGACUGUUCCUCAGGGGCAUGGGGGCUGCCACACCAGCUUCACUGGACAAGGGACUAAUGCAACCGAGACCCCCUCCACUCGGAUGUCCAUAAUUCAGCCAGGAACACUAUUGAUGGUGGAAGGCCGAUGUGAAGCAGCUCAGACAGACAAUUUUCCCGCAGAGCCCAAUUACAUGGGCAGCAGGCAGCAGUUUGUUCAAAGUAGCUCCACGUUCAAGGACCCAGAAAGAGCCAGCCUGAGAGACAGUGGGCAUGGGGACAGUGAUCAGGCUGACAGUGACCAAGACACUAACAAAGGUUCCUGCUGUGACAUGUCUGUCAGGGAGGCACUGAAGAUGAAAACUACUUCAACUAAAAGCCAACCACUUGAACAAGAACAAGAAGAGUGUGUUAAUUGCACAGAUGAAUGCCGAGUGCUUGGUCAUUCCGACAGAUGUUGGAUGCCACAGUUUCCUUCAACCAAUCAGGCUGAAAAUGCAGAUUACCGCACAAAUCUCUUUGUACCCACAGUGGAAGCUAAUGUUGAGACUGAGACUUAUGAAACUGUGAAUCCUACCGGGAAAAAGACUUUUUGUACAUUUGGAAAAGACAAGAGAGAGCACACUAUUCUCAUUGCCAAUGUUAAACCUUAUUUAAAAGCCAAACGUGCCCUGAGCCCUCUUCUCCAAGAGGUCCCCUCAGCAUCAAGCAGCCCAACCAAGACAUGCAUUGAGCCUUGCACCUCAACUAAAGGACCGAUAGAUGGUUGUGACGCCAAACCAGGAACUCUGGCAGAAGCAAGCAACCAGUACCUGUCCGCUGACAGUCAGUAUCUGUCUCCUAGCAAACAGUCAAGAGACACUGUGUUCAUGGCCUCUGAUCAGAUGGCUAGGGUCUUUGCGGAUGUACAUUCCCGAGUGAGUCGAGACUCCAAUGAGAUGGACUCUGUUCUUGAGCAGUUAGACCAUUCGAACCGGGAUCUAGGCAGAGAGUCAGUGGAUGCAGAGGAAGUUGUGAGAGAGAUUGAUAAGCUUUUACAAGAUUGCCGGGGUAGUGACCCUGUGGCUGUGAGAAAGUGAAAGAAAAAAAAAAAGCAUUGGCAUUUUCUUGUCUCUUCUGUUGAUUUAGAAACAAUCCCCCCUGGUUAUUACAGUUUGACAGGGAUGAAGGAAGACCAAUGCUGCUUUAAGGCUUUUAGUGAACAUCUGAAGUGCCCACAAGUAUGUUCUUUUCACUGCUGUUUCUUUUUCACAGAUAACACUGGUUUCAUUUUGACCAAACUUACAGCAGGACAGAGUCAAGUAUGCUUAAAGAAGGACAGGAAAAAAAGAGAGAGGAGAAAAAAGAGGGAGGGAAACACAUCU